CUUGUGAGCAGAGCAGGUGACACAUCAUUUCCCACAAUGCUGCUGCCGCACCAGCCCGGAAGUAGGACGUUUAUUGACAAUAUGGCGUUGAAACUGGGCUUGGAUUUAGAGAAAAUUGUGAUUUGACAGCGGGGCUUCGAUUUCAAACCAUUUUCACCUUGGACGUGCAACAAGCAGAUAUCUUUGAAUGAAGGAAGCUGCGAAUCCGCGGGACGGUGUCAGUGAGCCGAGGAAACGUCCAGAGCGCCAGAGCCGUCAUGUCGUUUUUUAAGAGGAAAGCCAAAGGCAAAGAACCAGACCGAGUGUCAGAUACUAAAGUCAGUAGAGCUCCAGUCAGUCAAUCUUCUCCAUUGGGAGUACGAAACCAUCUCGCCAUCCAAGAAGCAUCUGGGCCCAGCCAUGUGGCCAUCAACGCCAUAUCCGCUAACAUGGACUCCUUUGCCCGCGGUCGCACGGCCAUUCUCAAGAAACAGCCCAGCCACAUGGAGGCGGCACAUUUUGGAGAUUUGGGUACGGAGACAGAAGUUAUUUUGUUUCAAAGAAACAAUAUAGCCAAAAAAUAUCCACCGAAGCAUCUAAACUCAUCCUCCGUUCGCCCUUUGAUUUCCAGGCACUUUAGCGAGUUCCUGCGGAGCCAUCACUUUUGUAAAUAUCAGAUUGAAGUGUUGACGAGUGGCUCGGUGUUUCUGGCUGACAUUUUGUUCUCUGAGUCAGCUCUCUUCUACUUCUCUGAGUACAUGGAAAAGGAGGAGGCCAUGAAUAUACUGCAGUUCUGGUUGGCAGCAGACAACUUUCAGAACCAGUUAGCAUCGAAAAGAGGCCAGUAUGAUGGGCAGGAGGCUCAGAACGACGCCAUGAUCCUUUACGACAAGUAUUUUUCACUCCAAGCCACUAACCCUCUGGGCUUCGGCGACUCGGUGCGAAUGAUGAUAGAGUCAAAUAUCUGCCGAGAGGGAGGGCCACUCCCUGACUGCUUCACCACUCCACUCAGACAGGCAUGGACAACCAUGGAGAAGGUUUAUAUGCCAGGCUUUCUGACGAGCAACCUUUACUACAAAUACUUGAGUGACCUCAUAAACUCAGUGCGGGCGGACGAAUUCGUGAACGUGAGCACUCCAGGUCAAGGCGCGCCCUCAGACAAUGACCGUACAAGUUCAAAUGCCAUGGAGGGAUCUCAUAUUCAGCAGGGUUCCAAAAAGGCAGUGAUCAAAAUUCUGAAGAACUUUGACGAGGCGAUCACAGUUGAUGUUGCCAGCUUAGAUCCUGAGUCUUUGUACCAACGGCCUUACGCUGGAAGGAUGACGUUUGGAAAGGUGAACGAGCUGGGGCAGUUCAUCAGAGAGGCGGAGCCUGAGCCAGACGUGAAGAAAUCUAAAGGCUCCAUGUUUUCCCAAGCAAUGAAGAAAUGGGUUCAAGGCAAUUCUGAUGAGGCUCAAGAAGAGAUGGCCUGGCAGAUUGCCAAGAUGAUCGUCAACGACGUCAUCAACCAGUCAAAUCACGACAGCCCCGGUAAAUCAACUAAGGUAUGAUAACUCACUUUCUGUGCUUUUACCACUGUUUGGUAAUGUGUUAAAAAUGAAUGGAUCCAACAGUACUAUUGAAUGGAACUUAAGGUUUAAGUAAUAGACAAGUUCACCACCAAAGAGGAAUGAAGUCGAGUGAAAUACAUUUUCAUUUUUAUCACAAUAUUCUUUAUCGGUACCACAAAUAAACCGCUAAAAAUGAACUCGCUCUGAUCUAUAGUUUUCUCCGGUAACUAACUAACCAUUUCUCAAAACAUUUAAGGACGAGGCUAAAGUGUCAACUUACAUUGAAAAUGUUAAAUAUAUACCGUAUAUUACUCUAUAUCAAUUAUAUGUUAAAUGUGUGAAU